CUAUGUAAACAAGCGGCAAUGCAUAUUCCAGAAUGGUUCACGUUCUCGAGAAAGAAGACACCGACUUCUCCACUUCCAGUUUAUCCAGAGGUCCUCGGUCCUUCCUUGGACACAGUUCCUCUGCACCAUCAGAACCUGGUGAGAAGGGAGGAGUGGGGAGCCGAACCCUCUUAUAGACCUAAGCCCCGACUGGAGCACCCCAUAAAGUGGAUCAAGUUGACAUACUCCACUUUCAGUCGUCGCUGCUUCACUGUCAAACGUUGUAUCAAGAGUGUCAGAAACCUUCAGUUGGUGCAUAUCAACAAGGCAGGCAUUGACGACAUUCAGUACAAUUUCAUGAUCGGUGGGGAUGCCAGAGUCUAUGAAGGAAGGGGUUGGCAUUUGGUACCUGAAAAUGAGAGGAUACUUCUAAAACCUUGGCAAGACAAGUUCCUGGAAAUAGCCUUCAUUGGUGAUGAUAAAGGGUUCAAGAUCCCACCCUCACAUGCCAUGUACAGGGCUGCAUGGGAAGUCAUACAAUACGGACUCCAGAAUAAAUUCAUUUCGGAACACUACAAAAUGCUGUGACUUCAACAAAAAAUUAUCAUGUUUAAGUAAUAUAAUCGUUCCUAUUUUGAAUG